CAGAAUAAAGCAACAUAUGCUAUCUUCUUUUCUCCAUCACAUAUACUAUUUCCAAGUUGUAGCCAGCCACAACAACCACAGAAAGAGAGAGAGAGAGAGAGAGAGAGAGAGAAAGAACAAGCCAUGAACCAAACCGAAACCUCCACCGACGAUAAAAACACCAAACCAGCCUCAUGGACAACGGAAACAAUCAACGGUGGAUCCUUCCGCCACGUUGACCUCGACACCGGAACCAACGGCUGGGCAACACCACCAGGUAACGUCUUCCCUCUCCGUUCCCAAAACUACUUCACCACCAAACAAAAAACUCCCGGCGGAGACUACCUCCUCUCUCCCGCCGGCGUAGACUGGCUCAAAUCCACAAAAAAACUAGACCACGUGCUCUCUCGUCCAGAGAACCGUGUAACACACGCAACCAAAACCUCUCAAUCUCCAAACAGUUUCAUCUUCGCUAUAAAUAUCCAGAUCCCAAGAAAAGAACACUACUACCACAGCUUGGUCAUCUACUUCGCAACACAAGAACCGAUCUCUUCAGACUCGCUCCUCCACAAGCUAAUCAACGAGGAUGACACGUUUCGUGACGAGAGGUUCAAGAUUGUUAGCAACGUUGUGAAAGGUCCUUGGGUUGCUAAAGCAGCGGCUGGCAAGUUCGGUGCGUUCGUUGCUGGCAAAGCUGUCAAGUGUAGCUAUCACAGAGGAGAUAACUAUUUUGAGAUAGAUAUUGAUAUAAGUAGCUCGGCGAUCUUGACGACGCUUGUUAGGUUUAUGUUGGGGUAUGUUACGAAUUUGACGAUUGAUAUGGGUUUUGUUGUGGAGGCGCAAACGGAGGAUGAGUUGCCGGAGAGAUUGAUCGGUGGUGUUAGGAUUUGUCAUAUGGAGUUAUCCUCUCUGCCUUCUUGGUUGAUGAUGAUGAUGAUGAGAAGAAGGAUGAUGAUAUGCAACAACGGCGAAGAUUGAUGGGUGCGGCGGAAGGAUACGGCGAGAAUAAUGUGAUUUGAGAUUUGAACUAAGUCAAAUGUUUUUAUUAUUAAAUAAAUUGAUUUGAGUUAUAGAAAGAUAGUUUAAUAUUUCAGUUUUUUUGUUUCCACGAUGAGAACAAGGUUUGAGAUUCUUUUUUGUGUUUGACUUUGUUUUGUGGACUAAAGAAAAUUUUCUUUAGGGAUUAAUUUUGAAAUGAGUUUUGAGUUAGAAGAAAUGAGGGAAAAUUCAAAAUGGUGUGUUUCACACCCUCAUUUUUUGUAUACAAAGUGACGUGAUUUUUAUUUAAUGGAAUGUUACCUCAUCGUUUUUCUUGCCACAAUGUCGUUUUUGAGUCAUUGAUUUUUAAGGUUGACAAAAAUUUUAAUAAGAAUUUAUAUUGGUUUCUGCUCAAAACAAUUUUUGGAUAGUAAUUUUGAUGAGUUAAGGUGAAAAAUACCAUUUUAAAAGGUUGGGUUUGAAAUACACAAUUUUUUCCAGAAAAGAAAUAGACAAAAGUGUAUGUAGUUUCAAUUUGGUUACUUGAUAGCUUGUUCUGCUACUAACUUUUCAAGAGCAUAUUACGGACAGACAUGUCCGAGCAAAGGCAACGAGUGUUCGCCACUUUGGGGAUGUUGUGGGCUUUAAGUCCACGAAAUGGACUAUCAUAUUGGUAUCAAAAUGAACAUAAUUAAAACAAAUGGAUUCUGACUUUGAUGAUGUGGAUAUGGUUGGGAACACAGUUAGAGCUGUCAAAACGGACGGGCUGUCCAUGGGCGGACCAUGUCCAAUUCAUUAUGGACCGGUUAUGGACAAGCCCAUAAUUGAAACGGACUUAAGUGGGCAUGGACAACAAAGUCCACGGACAAAACGGGCGUGGACAACUUGGACAUUGGGCGGCCCAUUGGACAAAUAAUUCUAGGUCAAAAUUGAUUUGGGGGAAAUCGUAAAACACAUUUUUCAUUUUCUUCUAACUUUGUCGGUGAUUUUCUUCUAACGAAUUUUACAAAAUUUGUUAUAUUGUUGUCCAAUGGACGCCCAUGGGCAGCCCAUAAAAAUAUGGGCAUAAGUGGGCUUGGUCGUUAAUGGACCGGACGUUAAUGGACACGGACAGCUAUUUGUCCAAAAUCAAAUUGGACAAUGUUAGACGGGUCAAAAUGGACGUGGACAGCCCAUUUUGACCGCUUCCAUUUUGACAGCUCUAAACACAGUACGUGCAUCUCUUUUGCAACCUUCGACCGCUUUCCAGUCUGGUAAAGAGUAAAGUUAACCGCUUUUAUUUAGUAAUACUUUAAUAAAUCUUAUCUAAGGUUUGCAUCUAUCAGUCCUAAGAUCAAAUCUAUUAGGGUUGCUGAUAUAAAUAUUUUUAUUAAAAAAAUAAUAAAUAGUAGAGACAAUUCUCAAAAGAAAUAAGACAGAUAUUCUCACAAUGGAUUGGCAUUUACCCAUUCUAGAGGAGUAUAUGGAUCCAGCAGAUAUUCCGCUUAUUCAGAGUCUGGCGGUUAGUAAGUCAAUUCGAUCGAAUAGACUGAUUUGGCAUUAUACUAAGUCCGGUAAGUAUUCCGUGAAAUCUGGUUAUAGGCUAUCAUGAGAAAUUCAGAAGGAAGCAGAGUUUGGGCCAUCGUGUACCGUUUUACGGGCACAAGCUUGGAAACUUGAGGUCCCCUCUAAGGUUCAGCAUUUUUCUGGCAGGUGGCCUCUGGUAGCCUCCCUGUUAAGGAACGGAUCGCUCAUCGGGGCGUACGGUGUGAUGUUACGUGUCAACGGUGUGGCUCUGCGGUCGAGUCUAUUAAUCACGCUCUUUUUGAGUGUGAACGAUCCCGUUUGGUUUGGGAGCUAUUGCCGAUACAUCUUUCUUCGUCUGGUUUUCCGGAUGGAUCAGUGUAUUCAAACUUAGAUUUCUUAUACUCUAAGGUUUUUUCAGGUUCCGGGGGUGUGAGUACUGGUUAUUUGUUGCCAUGGAUAUUGUGGACUAUUUGGAAAGAUAGGAAUAAAAAGGUUUUUUCAGGGAGUUGAGGAUGAGCCAAUUGAUAUUAUAAAUCAAGCGUCAAACGAUAAACUCUUGUGGGAGGAGGCAAAGUCCUUCUCUGGGAAUUUAUUGCCUCCCCAGCCGGCUCCGGAGGAAAGGGUUGUUUCUGUUCGUUGUCAGGUUGAUGGUUCCUGGAAAGGUUCCGACCCUUUAGAGGGCGUGGGAUGGUGGUAUGGGACUCAGGAUGAUAAGACGCUACUUUUGGGAGCUUGUAGUCGUCGUCGUAGUCCCUCUUCCCUUCAUUCGGAAUUUAAUGCCUUGCUUUGGGCUAUGGAGUCUCUUCGAACGGCAGGGAUUGAUUGUCAGGAUUUCGAGUCAAAUAGCGCUGAACUGGUGGCGAUGGUGCAGGCUCCGGACGACUGGCCAGCUUUCUCACACGUAUUGGAAGAUUUCCAUUCCCUCAGAUCAUCUUACCCUGCCUUCACCCUGACACAAAUUCCGCGAACGUCAAACGUCCGAGCUGACUGUCUUGCUCGUUCUUCUAGACCUUUAGUUUCUGCAUCUGCUUUUGUAAACUCUUUUGCUCUAGAUUGAGCAACCAAUUUUGGAGUUACUUUUUAAUUUAUUUUAUUGUU